CCCUCAGAGUUAAAAGCCACUCGGUCAUGAAGCAAAUUUUAGUCAAUGGGAGUGGAAUAAGGAGACGUCUCGAGGGGUAAAACUGCCCAUGGGUCCUUUGGGUUCCACAUGCAUUCUUCAGAAAAGCUGCUGGCUUUUGCUCUGGCCUCUCCAAACACCUUAAAUGGGAAGCUUUUGUUCACUGAGGUAGAGAAGGUGCAGUUCAGACCAGUACCAGCAGGGUUUUCACCCAAUUGGCGAACCCGUGGAGCUUCCUGGAGCGUCACACGGCGUGGCCGUGGCCUCCCUAAGCCCUCUGGACGGUCCCUUGCUAAAAGGAGAGGCGGGAAGGGAUGACCAGUGUGCACGCGGAUUUUUUCCAAGGGACUGAGGUGCAGGUCCGAAAGAGGCAUGGCGGGAGAGAACAGCUCCCUGUUAUUUCAGCUUCAGAGUUUGGCUUUUGCCGUGUUUGAGGUGAAAAUGAGCUUGUGGAGUGAGCAGAGAUGGAGCUGGACACUGUUGGCUGGAACAGCUCGGGGGCUGUGUUGGUAUCUUCUGCGAACUGGUGAAAUAGGGACUAAUGGGGACAACGAGACAACCCCGACUUUGUCUUCUCUCUGCUGGGAGGAGGGGUCCAGGAGAAAGUGGACCUUCGGAACCAGCUUGUGAGAGGUGCAAUUACAUACUGCAGCCUCGGCUCAGCUCCCUUUCCUGUUGAGUAUUUGAUAACAUCAUCACGCAGUUAGAACUGCUAUAUUGUUAAGAAAGUCCUAAGGGAAAAAUACAUUUACAGCACAGUGCACAUUUGUGGGGGGAAAAAAUCCACCUGUCAGUGGACCUGCAGUUCCACCCUGUGUUGUUGAAGGGUCAGCUGGACUAGGAACACGGCUAAGUAGAUCGGCCUCAUUUGGUCAUCCCGGACGAGUUACUCCAUUUCAAGUGCAUGGACUACAGACGUGCUCGUCAAUAGCAGUGAUUAUUAUGCAUUCAACCUGCUUACGUGACGUAGCGGAGGUGCCCGGGACAUGGUGCUGGAUAAGACAGACAGAAUCCCUGCUCCUGUGACACCUACCUUCCGGUAAGGGGAGCAAACCAUAAAUAAAUAGGUCACAAGUCAGGAUUUCGGAGAGUGUUACGUGCUGCGGAGAAAUAAAACGCCGUGCUGGAUCCGAGUCAGGUGGCGCUGGAGGUGGGUGAGGCAGGGAAUGCAGCUCAGCGUUUGAACUGGCCCGUCUGAUACGCAGGGGCCCUUUACUCUUCGCAGUGACCCUUUGAUUUUCCCAGUUUUCAGGUGAGAAAAUGGAAGCGAAGGCGUUAUGGAUGUGCGAGGAGCAGGUAGAGCUGCGCCCGACAGACCCAGCGAUUGCGGGUCCACGGCACAGAACGGCACGGGGGCAGCCGUACCUGGUUUUCGGGUGGACGGAACCAAUGGGCUUGCAGGGCAGGUUGGGAAAAGCUGCAGAUGCAAAAACCAAGUCUCAUCUGCAGUUAACUAAUUUUCAGUCAGUUGCUGACAACAGAAUUCCUGAGAAGGUGACUGAAAAGUGAACAGUUGAUGUGGUAACUGGGUGUUUGAGGACGAACCGUCUACAAUCAGGUUGGCUGGCUCCUCUGGCUGAUGGCAUGUUGAGGUUCAAGGCUCAGCGGCAGCGAGGGCUUCCGAUCCCGAGGGGGCCACGCUAGAGGCCAGGCCACCAGCACCAUGGGCCAGUGUGUCACCAAAUGCAAGAAUCCCUCAUCAACGCUGGGCAGCAAGAAUGGAGACCGUGACCCCAGCAGCAAGUCUCACAGCAGGCGAGGUGCGGGCCACCGCGAGGAACAGCCGCCAGCCUGUGGCAAGCCCGGUGGAGACAUCCUCGUCAAUGGGACCAAGAAGGCAGAGGCCAGCGCCGAUGCCUGCCAGCCGCCCACGUCCUCGGGCGACGCGGGGCGGGAGCCCAAGGCCAGUGCCGAGGAGGCAUCCUUGCAGAGGCUGGAAGAGCUGUUCCGGCGCUACAAGGAUGAGCGGGAGGAUGCAAUCUUGGAGGAAGGCAUGGAGCGCUUUUGCAAUGACCUGUGUGUCGACCCCACGGAGUUUCGAGUGCUGCUCUUGGCUUGGAAGUUCCAGGCUGCUACCAUGUGCAAAUUCACCAGGAAGGAGUUUUUUGAUGGCUGCAAAGCAAUAAGUGCGGACAGCAUCGACGGGAUCUGCGCGCGGUUCCCGAGCCUCUUGACAGAAGCCAGACAAGAGGACAAAUUCAAGGAUCUCUACCGGUUUACGUUUCAGUUUGGCCUGGACUCGGAAGAAGGGCAGCGGUCGCUGCACCGGGAAAUAGCCAUCGCCCUGUGGAAACUCGUCUUCACCCAGAACAACCCUCCCGUGUUGGACCAGUGGCUCAACUUCCUGACGGAGAACCCCUCGGGGGUCAAAGGCAUCUCCCGGGACACGUGGAACAUGUUCCUUAACUUCACUCAGGUCAUCGGCCCCGACCUCAGCAACUACAGCGAAGACGAGGCCUGGCCCAGUCUCUUCGACACCUUUGUGGAGUGGGAGACGGAGCGGAGGAAAAGGGAGGCGGGUGGGAGGCGCGCGCUCAGCUCAGGGCCCGAGGGCUUGUGUCCCGAGGAGCAGACCUAGCGCUCGGACCUGCCCGCCGCCCCGAGCCACCGAGGGAAUGGACCUUUCUGGAAAUUACUGAAGAUCCGGAUAUUUUCUACUUUACACCUUUCUCUGCCUUGUAUCUGAAAGGGCUCUAAAAUGCUGUAUCAUGUUUUAGGCACUUUCUUCACUUUUUGGUUAUUUUGGUUAUUUCUUUUUUGGGGGGGAGGGUUCCCCCCAAAUAUUUGAACCUGGUUACAUGUUGUGCAUCUUUUUUUUUUUCUUUUUUUUUAGCCUUCAUAUAGAAUAAGCCUGCCUUUUCUUGCACAAAUGAGAUUUUUUUUUUUUGUGGGGGAGGGCCUAGAACAGGGAGGAGGGCAUGGGACGUUAGGCUGAAUUACCCGACAAGAGGAUACAGUGCCAGGUCUCAGUUUUGCAUAUUGUUUUUCAGGGCAGGUCUGUACUGUGUGUAGUGCUGUUUACAUGGUUGAAUUUAGGUUGUGAUAAUUAUUUUUAAAGAUUUACACAGAGUUGACCAGCAGUGUUAACUGUUAACCACAUCGCAUUAAUUCCCAGACGAUUUAAAGCUCUUGGAGAGCCGAGGCCAGCCAAGAGCGGUGGUCUGGUGACACCCCCCUCUGAAGCUCAUUUUCUGAACCCCUUGUUUUCCUCACUUCUUGCUCAUUCCUUCUGACCCAUUGCAUUUCGUGCCGAGUUGAUCCGUCACCAUGCUGCACCUGUCAGUCAAGUGAGCGGUGUUCUAGAACCUUGUGCUAACAACCACUUAAAACAUCGAACACAGAGAAAGCAGUGCUACCUCAGUUUUGCUGGAAGAAGUAGACUUUGAUAGUUUCCUUUCUUUGACGAAUUUUCUGUAUUUUCAUGUUGUAAGUGGAAAUACUUUUUUUUUUCUCUCUUUUUUUUUUCAUUUGCCUCGGAGCCAAAGUUUCUGUUCCUGGUGGUCGGAAAACUGUGGUAUGGAGCUCUGCUUGAAUUUUUUUCUUGUUUUAAAAAUUUUUUUGAGUGUCAUCAGCUUACUUGUCUGGCAAGUGCAGAAGCCUGGGGCUGGCCUGAACUCUGCCAAACAAAAUAUAGACGUGUAUUUAAUAGUUAAACGUGUACCCUUUCCCUUCUUGCUGCACCCAUGUUAUCACUGAACCCCUAGGAGUUAUUUAUUAUCUCGUCGUUUGUGUCAGGCUCAUUUGGGGUAACGUGAUAACUGUUUAGGUUUACAUGACCCUCUUCUCCUUCCCCUCCCCCAAAUAUGUAUAUAUACAUAUAUAAGAUAUGUAUAUAUUUUACCUAUAUAAAAUAUAUAUAUAUACACAUAUAUGUAUCUAUAUUCCUUUGUUUCUUUGCCUGCUAAAACUGGCCAUAAAGGAGGCAGCUGCCUUCACUAUAUAAAGUAUAAGAAGAGUGCCAGGGAGUGUUUCUAACGGAGGCUUUUGAAUCUGAAUUUGGACCGUUUUCACUAAAGAGAAGUUGAAUUUUCCCAGUCUUCUCCUCACAAGAGGGAGGCCCAGGCGACUCCGCGUGCUGGCCCCGUAAGUCCAGCUUCGGCCAAACCGCCACACGCGAGCUGACUCUGGUCUGACCUGGUCUUAGUAGAGGGUCUUCGUUUUACCAUUUAAAAAAAAGACGUCCCCAGAAAACCGUGCUGGAGGGGUGGGUGGCAGGGACUUGGACAGUUCGGCUUCCAGCGCUUUGGAACAGAUUGAAAAGGGAAUCUUUUGAAUAAAACCUUAUAAAACAUUUAUA